UUAUUCUGUGACAGUCAGACCGGCUAGAACCAGUUUUUGGCGCCCGCGUGAUCCGCGUCGUUUAAAAGCUGCAAACUCAAUUCGCCGCAAUGCGUAAACCAGCUGCGAAAACGAUGCUCGCCAACGAAGCCGCUAAUCACAACGAGACGUCAUCCUCUGGAGAAAACGGUGGAUUAGAAGGAGAUGCCAAAGGUGCAGAAAUGUCAGAUAGCGUAUCCGAAAAGGACCACGUUGAGAAAACGUCAGAGGACAGAGUAGUUGGAAAGCCGGCAACGAAGAAAUUACCUGCGAAAGGAAGAAAGAACACGAAAGCAGCUGCCAACACGAAGGAACUUCACGAAGGGGACGCCGAAAUUGACAAGCCCCUGGAUGGAGACUCCGCUGAAGUACACAAUGGGAACAAAGCCGAGGCACCGCAGAAGCUUUCUGAGAACGGAAAUGGGGAUACUCCACUGGAAUCGGAUGAGAAGGAGGUGCAGACGACGAAAACCGGCAAAAAGGCCAUAAGUACGAAAUCUGGAAAAAACGCGCGUGGUACAAAACAUGAAGAACAAGGGGAAGUUGCUGCCAGAGAUGAAACAGAGGAGAUGCAUCCUUCGAAAAAGGAUACUCGUGCGACACGAAGUGGAAAGAAUGGUGACGCAAAAUCUGAACGAGUCAAAGCGGAUGAAACUUCUGGUCAAGAUGCUGAAACUACAGAACCCGUAAAAGCCGCAGCUCGAACAACGCGUGGUAAAAAGAACGCUGCAAGCCAGCAAGACAAAACUAAACAAGAUGGUGGAGCUGAAGAAGGUGCAUCUGCUGUCACACAGCCCACUAAAGGAAAAGGACGAGGCAGGAAGAACGCUAAGUCAAAGCGUGUCGAUGCGGAACAGGAAGAAAUGACAGAACAAAGUUCAGAUCAUUCUGCGACCGAAGACUCAAAAGCACUGGAAGAGAGAAUAACUGAAGAACAGCAGUCUAAAGGCAGCAACGACCAAAAGCCAGGAGAGCAAGAGUCAGAUGCAGAUGAAACGGCAGAUGCUGCACCUCAAAAAAAGGGGAAAAAACCUGCAGCAACUCAGAAGCAAACCAAAAGGGCUCCUGCCAAAGAAGUGCAAACAACAGUCAGUGAGAACAAGAAGUCUGAACCAGAGAAGUCUGAUGUCGCAAGUCCUCAAAGAAAGAGAGGAACAAGGGCCCAAACAACAAAGCAGCCAUCGUCAGAGGAUGUGAAUGAGGCAGUUCUUACUGAGGGCAAUGAACCGCAUCUCACACAUGAAGAGGAAGUUUCAGCCCCACAGAAAAGGGGCAAAAAACAGCCUGCAGCAAAAAAGCGAAAGGCAGUUCAAAAGGAAGCUGAAGAGGAAUCUCCUUCAAAGGCUGGUGAAGAUGAAGCGUCUGACAAGGCAAAAGGAAAGCAGAGCAAGCAGACUGACAGUAAGGCAGACGAAAAUCCUGCAGAGGAAGAAACCCACACAGCAAGCGGCGAUGAAGAUACCAACGAACAGUCGGGUGAGGACGUGGUUGUGAGCCAAGGACCCCGGAAGAGAGGCAAAAAACAGGAAGCAGCAUCAUCGAACAAGAGGCAAACAGCUGCCAAAGAAACGGAGAAGAAAACUGACGGGGCCCCAACAAGGAGAGCUGGAAAACGAGGAGCCGCCAAGACAUCCGCAGCGAAGGAAGCGUCUCCAGAGCCGGCGGAUGACGCGUCGGAAGCCGAGAGCGACGAACCGGAGAGCAAGUUGCCAAAGAAGAAAGCUGCAAAGGGGACAGCUACAUCCGCAGCACCCACCGCCAAGAAGUCCCCGACAAAGCGUGGCAAGAAAGGAGCCGCAACAAAGCAGGGCUCCGACGCUGGCCCUUCCGACGACAGAGGGGACGAGGGAGAACCGACACAGAAGAGGUCAAAGGCGCAGAGUUCCGGAGGAGACGCGGACGAAACUCCAGAGGUGGGAACCGAUGUCGAGAAGUACCAGGACGAAGGUUCGAAGCCUUGGAACUUGAAGAUCUGUUCCUGGAACGUCAACGGCAUCCGAGCGUGGGUCGGAAAGGGCGGCCUCGACUACGUCAAGUCCGAGAACCCCGACAUACUAACUCUCCAGGAAACAAAGUGCACAGAGUCCAAGGUCCCCAAAGAAGUAAAAGAACUCGAGGACUAUCACAGCUACUUCCUGAGUGGAGAUCAAGAUGGGUACUCCGGCGUGGGACUGUUGUCCAAGGCAAAGCCUCUCGAAGUGAAGUACGGGAUCGGGAUGGAGCAGCACGACAAAGAAGGGAGAGUCAUCACGGCGGAGUACGACAAGUUCUUCCUCGUUGCAACGUACGUGCCCAAUGCGGGGAAGAAGCUGGUCCGGUUGGAGUACCGCAUGGAAUGGGACAAAGACUUCUGUUCCUACUUGGAGGAGCUGCAGAAGAAGAAGCCCGUCGUUCUCUGCGGGGAUCUGAACGUUGCUCACCAACCGAUUGAUCUGGAAAAUCCAAAGACCAACAAACGGAACGCUGGCUUUACCGAUGAGGAGCGCGGCGGGUUCUCAGCUCUGCUCACCAAGGGAUUCCUGGACUCCUUCAGGCAUUUGUAUCCCGAUGCCAAGAAGGCGUACACUUUCUGGACCUACAUGAUGAACGCCAGAGGGAAGGAUGUUGGAUGGAGGCUGGACUACUUUGUGUUGUCAAAGUCCCUGGAAGCAAACUUGAGUGACAGUCUCAUUCGCAAGUCCGUUAUGGGCAGUGAUCAUUGCCCUAUUGUGUUACUGUUGAAUCUCUGAGUAACCAUCCCCCAUGCUGGCAAAAUGUGUGUUCAUUUUUAUCUCAUCUUCCCUUAUAUUUUAGCACAUGUACAUGAAAGUAUUGCCAAUAAAGGGGCAUUGGUUGUCAUGUUUGAACAUUU